AUGUCAAAGAUUGAGGAGAUUGACCCGCGUGUUAAAGCAUACUUAUACGAUAUUGGAUAUCGUAGAUGGUCUCCAGUACAUGCUACGGUGAACAGAACUUGGACUAUGACAUCAAACAUUGCAGAGUCGUUGAAUGCUGUAACAAAAUAUGCAAGAGAGCUGCCGAUAGUAGAACUAUUAGAGUAUAUGAGGACCCUUCUUGAACGUUGGACGAAAGAAAAAUUAUUGAAAGCGAAGGGUACAUUCACAUACAUUGGAUACAAAUUCAACAAAGAGUUGGAUGACAACAGAACGUUGUCGCACAAGCUUAGAGUGAGGGUUUCAACAGACUACAUACAUACAGUAAUAGAUGGUGUGAGGCGCUAUAUUGUUUGUCUUGAAAACAAGAAAUAUAGUUGUGGGCAAUUCCAGCUUGAUGAACUACCUUGUCCACAUGCUUUGGCUGCUUUAAGACAAAGGGGUGAGUCCUUUGAAGAAUAUUGUUCUCCUUAUUACACAAGGGCGAACCUCUUGCGUACGUAUGAAAUACCAGUAAAUCCCCUUCCUGAUGAAAGCAAAUGGAAUCUGCCGCAACAUAUAUCUGAUGAAGUAGUAAAUCCACUUACGGGAGAGAAAAGGCAGCCAGGAAGACCUCAAAAGGAAAGAUACAAAACAUAUGAUGAACUAAAGUCAAAGAAGUACAAGGUGUCAUGUGGCAACUGUGGAGGUGCACCCUUCCUCCUUGCUAGUCUGCCUGUAACCUCACUUUCACUGAUUGAUCCAUCUUCCUGCUUCUUUGUAGCAUAG